AAUACAAUAUGUUUAAUAAAAACUUUUCAAAAAAGUUUAAUAUAUAAUUUAAAGCUAGAAUUUAAAGCAACUUAAAAAACAAUGAAAUUUAUAUCAAUUUUAAAUCAAUUGUCUGUAAUUUGUUUAAUAUUAAUACCAUUACUUCAAUGCCAACAAAACCCGACCAUAUCUUUCAUAAGCAAAGAACGUGUGGUCAGUAUUGGUGACACACUUGAUAUGUUAUGUCAGGUACAGUACGCUAAAGAUUAUCCGGUUGUUUGGACUAAAGUAAAUAAAGACAAUCCCAAUAACCAUCUAUUUAUAUCUCGCGGGUCUACGAUCAUCAUUCCCGAGAAUCGGUAUUCAGUUAACUAUAAUGAAAGGGAACAGAUCUAUACAUUGGUUAUAUCAAAAGUACAAGAGAUAGAUGCAGGAGAGUACAGGUGCGAGAUUACCACUGGUAUAUCAAGUAAAGUGACAGCCGAUGUUCAAGUAUUUAUACAAAUCCCUCCCGUUAUCAGUGAUAAUAGCACCCGAAGUGUGAUAACAUAUGUUGGCGCAAAUGUCACACUUCAAUGUUAUGCUACCGGUUACCCGCCCCCUAAAAUUAGUUGGCGUCGCGAACAAAAUGAACUGUUACCCAAUGGUAUGGCUUAUUAUAUGGGAACCAAAUUGAAUUUGGGAAAUAUAACCAAGGAUCAUAGAGGCACUUAUUAUUGUGUAGCCGAUAAUGGAGUUAGCAGUGGUGCCCGAAGACAUAUUGGGGUUGAAGUGGAAUUUCCGCCGUAUGUGUCAAUAGCUCGGCCACAAACUGGUCAGGCAUUGCAAUACGACGCUGACUUGCACUGUCACAUUGAAGCGUUUCCGAGUCCAAGUGUUAUUUGGCUAAAAGAUGGCCAAAUUUUGAAUGACAACCAACACUACCAGAUCUCCAUAUUUGCCAGAAGUGAUGAGUUCACUGAUACAACACUUCGUGUCAAACGAAUUGAGAAAAGACAAUACGGUUAUUACAUGUGCCGUGCGGUCAAUAAAUUAGGUUUUAUUGAAAAGGAGAUUGAAUUAGUUGAGACGGUCAACGUUGUCUGUCCGCCCGCUUGUAAUGUUGGCCUACAGUUCACUUCGGGAGCCAUACAAGUGUUGACUUCACAAUUGAAUUUCAUUGCCGUCCUAUUAAGUAUUGUGUUGAGUAUCAAAUUUAUUAGGUUUACGUGAGAUAUCAAUCUAAUUAUAAUACCUCAAAACAUACAUUUUUAUA